CCCCCAUAGACCGGCUCUUUUUUUGUGGUUGCUGCGUAUACUAUUUUUUGACCGCAUACAUAUACACCACCACCACACAAAAUGUCAAACGCCGUAAUGGACGAGGAAGACGAUCCGUAUAAUGCACGCAUUGAACGCACUGGCUGUGCUCAAGAAAACGAAGACUUGCAAAUAUGCUUUUAUGACAAGAAAGAUUGGCGUUUGUGUCAAAAAGAAAUGAAGCGAUUCCGACAAUGCUUUCAAGCGAACACGAAAAACGCUGGUAGUCAAGAACUGAAAGCUUCUCAAAACCAGCAACAAGAGCAAGACAAGUAAUAAAAGAAAAAAAAGCUAUGUAUAAAUAAAUAUAUUAAUAAUUCAGUAAAUAACAUUUACAUACAGGAUGAAUAAGUAAAGAAGGC